AUGCAGACCGAUCGAAAGCUCGCGUCGGACGAGCUCUUCCACAUCCUGGGCGACUUCCCCACGCCGGGAUCCCACUCCGCCGCAUCUGUGGACGGUACACUGGUCGGGUCGCAGCGCGCAUCGCUCGACGUCACCGACGCUGACGGAGCACCCAACUGGGAAGCGAUCCGACUCUUCAUGCACGGCCAAAGUGCUCGAGUAGACACGCCCGAUCAACCACACGACACGGCGUCUAUCCUCGGUGACCUUAGCGCCUACACUGCGAUCCUCACUCCGCCAGUCUCGCUCACGCCGCCCGUGUCGCCGCAGCAGAGCGAUGACGAGUGCUCGACCGAGAGCCUUGCUAUUCUGACAGCGACGUUCGAGGCGCAGCUCGCCAGUGUGCGUGCAGGCGCAAGGGAGCUCACGGCCGAGCUCAUACGCCACCUCGACGGAAGAGGCAGCAAGAUCGAUGCGCUCGUCGUGGCGUCGGUGCGCAAAGCGGCUGCGCACGCUGGUGAGGCGGCUGCAAUGGUCAGCUGGUUCCGCGCCACCAAGCUCCAGCGCACGACCAGAGCAGAUGUCCAGCAGUCGCCGGCGGGUACCUUGGGUGGCACCUCUCCCAGACCGCCUGUCGAGAACAGCGACCGUCGCUGUGCACACCGCAAGUCGUAUGGACAGCUGCAGGAGCAAGCUGCAAGCACAGCUCGACGUGUAUCGUCGACCGCGCACACCAGUCCGUCAAAGCCUCUGCCCCGUCCCCCCGCCUCGGUGGGUCGGGAGAGAUCGAACAGCGUCGUGCGGCACCAGCAGACACACGCGCUGGUCCGCUCGUCCACCGAGCCCAAACGGCCCGCCGCUUCGUCCACCUCUCCUCCAUCCCUGCCGGAACUUCUGCCAUCGCGUGGGCUGUUCAUGUCGCGCACUGCACGCAUCGUGAGUCCGGCCCAACUCACCACACGCAUCGCCAACCCCGCGCUCGAAAGCGAACCUCCCACCACCACCACCGCGCGCGUCCCACGCAAAGCUUCGCUUCGCUCACUCCUACACGUGCUGUAA